AUGCCGAAAUCACGCAGAAAAAAUGGUACGUCGAAAAAUGUACCCGCUUCCGUUGCUCCACCGAUUCCACUUCUCGAUAGUAUUCGUGCACAAAUACAAGCACCUCAUGAACACAAUAAUGAUACUGAAUCAGAUAUUGAUAAUUUAAAAGUUUCGACAGCUGGUUGGCAAUGUGAUAUUGAUGAUUGGUCUGAUAGAAAAGCAUCAAACAAUGGACCAGAUAUAUUUCCUCAAACGAUUCGUUCUCUUGAACGUAAGAAUGAACAAGCAAAAAAUAAACUAUUUCCAUUAACACAACUAACCACUGAUGUUGAUGAAAAUAAAAUGGAAACCAAAGGACAUAUUAAUAACCGAAUGAAGAAAAUAUCAACUAAAGAUAUUGAUUUAUUGAAAUUAACAUCAAUUGUAAACGAUCUUAUCACAGGCAAACGUGAUCAAUCAGCAUAUACAGAUUUUUUAUCAAUACUUCAACAUUUUUCUGUACAUACAUUGCGUGAUGAUCAUCUUGAAGAAACUGUUUAUCAUUUAAUACAAGCAGGAGUCAGUUUCGUCCGUUCAAAUGAAGAACGAUUCGAUCCAUCUAAAUUACAAGAAUGUUAUCGACAACGAUCUACUAUCAAAAAUAAUUCGCUUCAAUAA